AUGGAGGAAGAGAUUCCUGAGGACCCUUCAGGGGAUGGAUCUGCUCAGAACCUGGAUGAGUCUGUUCCAGAAAGCUCCCAACAGGAAGCCAGGGAGCCCACGAGGACUUCCCAGGCAGAGCAGGCAGUGGAAGUCCAGUCAUUUCUCCAGACACAUGGACAAAGGCUGAAAAUGCUGCUGCAGAAAGAGUCCAACCACUUGGAGCUGAGCAUCCCUGCUGAGCUGCACACCUUGCCCGCCUGCUCUCCUGGCCAGCUCGAGGGGCUGUGCUCCUUUCUCCAGCUCUCCACGUGCCCAGAGCACCUCCUGGUGCGGUUCUGCCGCUGGCUGCUGGCUCUCAGCCCUGACCUCAGCUACACCAGUGCAGCCAUCUUGGCAGAGCAGCUUUUCCUCAGGCGGGUCCUGUCCCUCAGCCAGCCCCCCUCUCGCCACCUCAUGGCUGCCCUUGCUUCGUUCUGCUCCAAGUAUUCCCAGCCCUUCUGCCGGGUCCUGGUGGCUGCAGUCCUGCGGGAGCCAGGACAAGGCAUUGAGCAGACCAAGCUGGUGUGUGAACUUGUGAGGAGGUGCCUGGAGUCCAGACUGCCUGCAGCUGUGCUAAGCCAAGUCCUGGAGUGUGCCUUUGUCAGAGAAACUCCUGCCAGUAUGUGCAGGCCGUCUGGGACGCAGCCCCAGCCUUUAACCACAUCACUGAACUAUACCAAGCUGGUGACAGCUGUGCUCACCAUCUACCAAGAGCCAGGUGAGGAAGACUAG